GAAAAUAGAAAAUAGGGUAUUAGGCAUCAGGAGGCGGCGGAGAGCAAAACCGGGAAACACUCGAUCAACGAGCACAAGCCGCCGCCGUACAGUCUCUGCACAUUAGUCUCCAGAGAGACAGAGAAACCCUUAAAAAAACGAUGGUGAAGAAGAAGAAGAGUACGAAACAUAUUACUCUCUGCGAAACCACUGAGGCUUGGGCCACUAAGCUCCUUGAGGAGUUUCGCGCCUCCGGGAACGAUUCUUACGCCUUUGAGCAGCAUCUUACAAAUGGCGAACGUGGCAUUAUCCAUCAGAUGUGCCGACGGAUGGGUCUCCAAUCAAAAAGUCACGGGAGUGGGGAAGAAAGGCGUCUAACUCUUUUCAAAAGUAAAGCUGGGAGUGGAGACGGCAUUUCAAAGUCAGAGAGCAAGCAUAAGUAUGAAACCAGAAAUCAUGAAGGAAGAGAAGGAGAUGGCUUUUCAAAUUCAUACAGUAAGCAUAAGUAUGAAACCAGAUUUCAGAAAGGAGGCGCUCCAAGAAAGAAGAUGAUACCCCAAGAGAAGCUCAAAUGUGUGUCAUUUCCACCUGAGGCAAAAGCUGUUCUCCACGACUUAUUUACUCGCUUUCCACCUUGUGAUGGCGAUACUACUGGGACAUUAUUGGGCGUAUAUACUGGAAACGCCCGCAAUAAUUGGAAAGAUGACUUCUUCCUGAAACCUCAGUUGACAAAAAACGAUAUUAAAAAGAACGCGGCAUCUCUGAAUUCUAGACUGGAAACAGAUAAAUGUUUUCGACAGAUCUUUGAAGCACGAGCAAAGCUUCCCAUCACAUCUUUUCGCGACGCCAUUAUAUCUGCAGUGGAAUCCAAUCAGGUUGUUCUUAUUGCUGGUGAAACUGGUUGUGGGAAAACUACUCAGGUGCCUCAAUAUCUUCUAGAUCAUAUGUGGUAUAGUAAGCAAGAAGCGUGCAAAAUCAUUUGCACCCAACCACGUCGUAUCUCAGCUAUUUCAGUUUCUGAUAGAAUAUCUUGGGAAAGAGGUGAAACUAUUGGGAAAACCGUCGGCUACAAGGUUCGACUGCAAAGUGAAGGUGGAAGAGGGUCAUCUGUUGUUUUCUGUACAAAUGGCAUUCUAUUGAGGGUGCUUAUAGGCAAAGGCGUGAACAGCUGUGUUCCUGAUAUAACUCACAUUAUUGUGGAUGAAAUCCAUGAAAGGGACUCCUACUCUGAUUUCAUGUUAAUGAUUUUAAGAGACUUGCUUCCAUCUAAUCCUCAUCUCCGACUGAUUUUAAUGAGUGCUACUCUUGAUGCUGAGAGGUUUUCGGAAUAUUUCGGAGGUUGCCCGGUUGUCCGAGUGCCUGGAUUCACUCAUCCAGUCCGAACCUUUUUUCUGGAAGAUGCACUUUCUGUCCUGAUAUCAGACAAGAAUAAUCAUCUACUUUCUGCUGACUCGAACUUACCAAGUAACAAGCAUGAUUUUAAAGAUGAAGAAAAAGUUGCUUUAGACGAAGCAAUAGACUUGGCAUGGACAAAUGAUGAGUUUGAUUGUCUCUUAGAUCUAAUUUCUUCUGAAGGAAGUCAUGAGGUUUACAAUUACCAGAAUUUAACGACCGGGCUAACACCACUUAUGGUCUUUGCUGGAAAGGGCAGGGUUAGCGAUGUCUGCAAGCUCCUUUCAUUUGGCGCUAACUGUACACUGAAGUCCAAAGAAGGUAUAACCGCAUUAGAAGUGGCUGAAAAAGAGAAUCAAAUUGAAACUGCUCAAAUAAUCAGGGAACAUGCAGAUAACAUCCAGUCCAAUUCUCAGCAAGCACAAGACUUACUUGAUAAGUAUAUGGCGACAAUGAAACCAGAAGAAGUAGAUGUGGGUCUUAUAGUGAAGUUAAUGAAGAAAAUAUGCAGCGAUUCAAAAGAUGGUGCCAUUCUUGUUUUUCUACCUGGGUGGGAGGAAAUCAGGAAAACAAAAGAGAAAUUGCUUGAGAAUCCCCAUUUUGCAGAUAGUGGUAAAUUCAGCAUUCUAUGUCUUCACUCACGGGUUCCGGCUGAGGAACAGAAGAAAGUUUUUGAUCGCCCCCGUCGAGGUUGUCGCAAAAUUGUGCUUGCGACCAAUAUUGCUGAAUCAGCAGUUACUAUCGAUGAUGUGGUUUAUGUGAUAGAUAGCGGCCGGAUGAAGGAAAAGAGUUAUGACCCUUUUAAUGAUGUGUCAACGCUCCAAUCUUCUUGGGUAUCAAAAGCAAAUGCAAAACAGAGGGCUGGUCGAGCAGGCCGUUGUCAACCAGGCGUUUGUUAUCAUCUAUAUUCUAAACUCCGGGAAGCGUCUUUGCCCGAAUAUAGAGUUCCUGAAGUUAAGAGAAUGCCAGUGGAUGAACUCUGCUUGCAGGUUAAGAUGCUGGAUCCGAAUUGCGACGUAAAUGAUUUCCUUCAGAAAUUGAUGGACCCGCCUGUUGCUCAAAGUAUUGCAAAUGCCUUAAUCAUCCUUAAAGAUAUUGGAGCGUUGACUCCUCAAGAAGAGCUGACAGAACUUGGACAGAAAUUUGGUCAGCUUCCAGUUCAUCCUCGGAUUAGCAAGAUGAUUUAUUUCGCCAUAUUAGUGAACUGUUUGGAUCCAGCACUUAUUCUGGCAUGUGCAGCCGACGAGAAGGAUCCGUUUAUCAUGCCCUUGUUGCCAGGUGAUAGAAAAAAAGCUAAUGCCGCAAAACAUGAACUUGCAUCACUUUAUGGAGACCAUAGUGAUCAUCUUGCAACUGUCGCGGCUUUUCAGUGCUGGAAAAAUGCAAAAGAAAGUGGUCGAGCUAACGAGUUUUGUUCGAAGUACUUCAUCUCCCAAAUUGUCAUGAAGAGGCUGGAUGAUCUGUGUCGCAAGCUUCAGGGAGAACUUAAAAGACAUGGGGUCAUCCCUAGCAGUUCAAACUGUAGCCUGAAUGCUCAUGAUCCGGGUAUUCUCCGUGCUGUUAUAGCAGUAGGAUUGUACCCUAUGUUGGGAAGGAUGUGCCCAGUUUGCAAGAACCAGACAAGAUCUAUAGUAGAGACUAUUACUGGAGCCAAAGUUCGUGUGCCCUCGCUAUCAAACAAUGUCGACAUGUCCUCUACCAAGUAUGACGAAGCUUUAAUUGUUUUUGAUGAGAUUACUCGAGGAGAUUGGGGUGUGCAGAUAAGAAGCUGCACUGUUCUUCCCACUUUACCUUUGUUACUUUUUUCAAGAGAGAUAGCCGUGUCUCCUACAGAGAGCUAUGAUGCUGAUAAGAGUGACGACGAGGAAGACCACGUAGUAGAAAAUGUAGGAGACACGAUGGACAUAGAUAAAGAAGGUGUUAGGGCUGCAGAGAAAGUAUUGCUUGCGCCCGAAAAUUCAGUAAAGGUAAUAGUGGAUCGGUGGCUGCCUUUCAAGGUUACAGCUCUUGAAAUUGCUCAAAUGUACAUCUUGAGAGAGAGGCUAAUGGCGUCCAUAUUGUUCAAGGUUAAACAUCCAAAGGAAAAUAUGCCGCCUCAUCUCGGUGCUUCUAUGUAUGCAAUAGCUUGUAUUCUCUCAUAUGAUAGCCUCGCUCGAUCUUCGGUUCAAACUGUAGCUGUGCAACCUAUUGCUUCAGUGCCAAAUGCAACGAGUCCCAAAGAUGACAUACCUUCCGCUAACCCCAAUGAGCUUCAGGAGCAUGACCCGAAAACUACUCCAAUGGGGUCAAAGCUAGCCAACAAGUUGGGUUUGGGUAAUAUGGAAGAGAGCGUGCCUUCAAAUCUCGCUGAUAGGAAUGAGCAACCUGACCCAAACACUGCUCGAGUGGAAGAUGUUUCAGCGGCUACACAACAAAAGAAGAUACAGUCAGAGUCCAAAAGGUGCAAGUCGCCCAACAAUGUGGAUUUGGGGAACAUUGAAGAGAACUUGGGGAGCAUGAAAGUGAACACUCCUUCUGAUCUGGCUAAUGGGAAUGAGCAAAAAGACCCUAAGUCAGUCUGCAAGUUGGAUCUGGGUAGGGAGAAAGAGAGCAUUCCUUCUAAUCUCGCCCAUGGAAACGAGCAACGUGACCCAAACACUUCUCAAACGGAAGAUGCUUCAGCGGCUAAGCAACCAGAAAAGAAGCGAUCAAGGUCCAAAAGACGCAAAUCAGGCAACGAUAUGGAUUUGGGGAUGAUGGAAACUAGCAAGCCUUCCGAUCUGGCAAAUGGGAAUGAGCUAACAGAGCCUAAGUCAGCCAACAACUUGGAUUUAGGGAAUAUGGAAGACAACAUACCUUCUGAUCUGGCUAAGGAUAAUGAGCAAACGGAGCUUAAUCUACCUAACAAAUCUAAUUAUGGUAACAUGGAAGAGAGCUUGCCUUUCAAUCUUGCUAAUGUGGAUGAACAACCUGACCCAAGCAUAAUGGAAGCUGCUUCAUCGGCUAAACAACCAAAAAAUAAGCGAUCAAGGUCCAAAAAGCACAAAUCCGACAACAAGUUGGAUUUGGGAAACAUUGAAGAGAACACGCCUUCUGAUCUGGCUAAUGGGAAUGAGCGAAAAGAGCCUAAGUCAGUCAGGCGGUUGGAUCCGGGCAAAGAGAAAGAGAGCAUUCCACUGAAUCUUGUCAGUGGUAAUGAGGAACCUGACUCAAACACUGCUCCAGCGGCUAAGAAACCAAAAAGGAAAAAACGCAAAUUAGCUAACAACUUUGAUUCGGGUAACAGUAUGGAAGAGAAAGUACCUUCUACUGAUGGGCAACAAGAACAAUGCGGUGAAAAAACAGAGCGAAAGUCAGGGAACAAGUCAGAAAAAGUGAGCGUACCUUCCAAUCCAGUGUGACGCAAACGCUGCACCAACUGAAUCUGCACUAAAAGAGAACCAUUAGGAAGCGAAACAGAAAGUCAAGCCAAGAAGGUUACUCGCAAGGACAAACAAGAAGAGAAGUAGCAUGCCCAUUACACUUUGGUGUUUUGAUGAGCAUUUAGGUGUUUUUUCCAUACACCGAAAAAUUCAAAUGGUACUUACCAUAGGUGUAAUAGAGACUAUGAAAAUUCAACGAUUUUGUUAGCUUAUUACUGUUGUACUAGUAGAUGAUUUGUAGUUAUUCUCACUGAGUGCUGCCAUUAUACGCAUGUAUGUAACUGAAAGGAGGAAAGCCAUUAUUAAUCAAUCUUUUUCGGGUU